CCUCGCUACGCCUCGCCACGCCGCCUGUACGAAGCCCGGGCCGUCAAGCCUGCCGGCAACUCGCGCAACAAGUGUUUGUGACAGUGCUUGUGACAGUGUGCGUGUGUGACGGUGUAUGUGACAGUGUGUGUGGCGGGAUCUGUGACAGUGUCAGUGUGACGGCGCGUCAGUGUGUGCGUGUGUGACCAGUGGUGGCGGAGGUCCACAUGAAGAGCGUGGAGGACGCUUCCCCCUGACGGGGUCCUCCCUGACGGGGUCCUCGGAGGCGACGGCCGCGUGUGCCGCGAUGGCGCGGCGGUGCCGACCGUGACGAGUGCGUUCGUUUGUGGUGCAUCGUGAUCUCAGUGUGCAAGCCUAGUCACUCAGCAAAUGUAUAUAGACUGGGACCCCCGCGCCGUCUGGGCCAUGAAGACGAUGAAAUCGUGUUGUCGAACAAAAGGUGAGCCCGUGUUCCCGGUCCUGGUCGUGGACAAGCAGGCAUGGACGAGGACCCACGGCCGGCCGCAUGGACAUGUUUAGUGCUGCCUUCCGCGCGUCUGGCUGACACCCUGUGUCGCUUGUUCAGCGCAAUGACAACCCGGCGCAAGUGCCGCCCCUCACUCCCGGGACGAACAAAAAGAUGACAGAGGCCCUCAAGGCCUCUUUCGCAUCUUGGGAGAAAGACCAGAUAAACCGCAACAUACCCAAAGACCCCCGCGAAUGGUCCGAGAAGCAUGUCAACUUCUGGCUGCGCUGGGCCAUGAGCGAGUUCUCGCUGGAGGGCGUGACCCUGCAGCAGUUCCACAUGAAGGGCCGCGACAUCUGCCAAAUGGGCAAGGAGUCCUUCCUGGCGCGCACGCCGCCCUUCGUCGGCGACAUCCUGUGGGAGCACCUCGAGAUCCUGCAGAAGGAUGUGGAGCGGGAGCGCGCCUGCGGAGAGGUGGGCCCCGGCCUCAUCGAGUCCGUCCCGGACUUGACCGAUCUCCUGGCCGGGCACAACAACAACAACACCCCCGCGCCGUCCGUGGCCGGCAGCCACCCCGGCACCCCCGCGCCGCCCAGCGUGCCGCACAACCCCUACAUGGCGGAGGGUGGUUACGGGCACAUGCGCAGCCCCGACUGCAGGGAUGAAGCCACCCCGCCGCCCAGCAGUCACUCGUUCCUCCACCUUAGGAAUACCGCCAUGUACCCCGUCAAGACGGAAGGUUAUGGCAGCCACCUCCCCGCGGACGGCGGCAUGCAGCAGAUGGGGCUGGGCGGCGGCGGGGCGGGGGAGACGACGGGCCCCGACGAAGGCCCCGUCAGCUACGUCGUGCCCCCUGCGCAGCCCCCGCAGUCCGCCUCCACCAACGCCCCCCAGAGCACGGGGACGGGCCCCACCCCGCAGCUACCCUACGAGCGGUCCGAGAGCGAGUUCCACUCGCUAGACGGCAGCCACCACCAGUCCGGCUACAUGGACUCGAGUCCGGAACUGUACUCACACCAAAGCCUCCAGGACCAGAAGUACCACGUACAAAACUACCACAAGUCUUAUCCCAGAGCGCGCUACCAGGACGGGUACGACUCGUACAGCUCCCACUACGACGCCUCGCCCUUCCAGACCGUGCCCAACGGCGUCGGGGGCGUAGGCGCCACCGGGACCGGGGCCUCCCCCGCCACGGGGACCGGCGCCGACCACUGGGGCAGCGCCGAGUCGGCCGCAGACCUGCACCCCGCGUUCCUGCACCACGGCCACCCCGGGCUGUCCGCCCUCCGGGACCCUCUGAGGGACACUCUGAGGGACCCGCUGAGGGACCCCCUCCGGGACUCGAUGCGGGAGUCCAUGCGGGACCCGUUCGGCAUCGGCCCCGCGCAGGACAUGAAGCCCAUGCUGCAGUCGUCCAUGCUGGCGGGCUACGGCGGCAUCAACGAGAACCCAGGAAGCGGACCGUGCUUCACGGGCUCCGGGCCGAUCCAGCUCUGGCAGUUCCUUCUGGAGCUGCUCACGGACAAGUCCUGCCAGAGCUUCAUCUCCUGGACUGGAGACGGAUGGGAGUUCAAACUCACUGACCCCGACGAAGUGGCACGCCGCUGGGGCAUUCGAAAGAACAAACCCAAAAUGAACUAUGAGAAGCUCAGCCGAGGACUGCGGUACUAUUAUGAUAAAAAUAUUAUUCAUAAGACUUCUGGCAAGCGGUACGUGUACCGCUUUGUGUGCGAUCUUCAAACGUUACUUGGGUAUUCUCCUGAGGAGCUUCAUGCUAUGGUUGAUGUAAAGGCUGACAACAGAGAUGAUGAUUAGUAUUUUGUUGACUUUGCGUUAAAAAGACUUCACUCAUCCAACAUUGUGAUUUUUUAUUGAUUCAGACUGCCAGCUUUCUAGCUGCUGGCGUAUUUGUGGAAGUAAUCCAGGCUUUUUUUAGAGGCUUGAAUUGUUUCCCUGUCAUUGUAAUUAUUACCUCCUAUGGUCAUUGUGCACACUUUAGUUGAAUAUUUUCACAUCAUGAUUUUGUAAUUAUUUUUUUUUUAUUAUACUAUGAAAGACAAUGAGACUUGAUAUCUGUUAUGGCAAAUUGGUUGUUUAAAUUCGUUGCUAGAUGUCUGCUCUCUGCUGGCCUGAGCUAAAUUAAUUUUUUUAAUGUAUUUGGCUCAUUCUCAUUUUUGUGAUCUUGAGAGCUUAAAAAUUUCGGUUUACUAUAGGACAUUAAAGUGAACUUUAUUUGUGAUUGAGAUUAUUUCCUUUGUUUUGUCCUAUUGCUCUCCAAGCUUAAUAUGUAUGAGUGUUUGUAUUAUAGACACAAUGUUGGCUGUAAGAUGAAAAAUUGGACUUGUUGGAUCCUGUGUGUAAAUGGUAUGAUAACUGUACUGUAGUGUUAUGAAGUUUGUUUGUAACUUCAAUAAUCAUUGUUACAAUAAUUGCAAUACAGAGUAUUAUGUUUUGCUAAUGUGUUUUAAAAGUACCAAACUCUUUUAUAAUAAAAUAUGAACAUAUUCUAUAUGUUAUUAAAAAAUAAAGAAAGUUUCUGUUGUAUCAUACUUCAUACCUUCAUCCACAUUGUUUCUGUUACCAUUUCUGUGCAUCAAAUACAAAUCAUUUUCGAAGUGAUGUGAAACAUUUCAAAGAAAAUGUUUUUAUCAUAAAUUAUUUACGACAUGUUACAAUUAUAAAAUAAAGACAAUUCUGACAUAA